AUGGCUGGCUCUGUCUGCGGCCGCGCAUACAAGCUCUGCUUGGCCGCCAUUACGUUGGCCGGGCUUCAGUUAGCUGGCGCCACGACCAGCAAACAUGGCUACGAGUUCAACUCGGUGGCAAUUACAGGCGGCGGCUACAUCACCGGGAUCAUUGCCCACCCGAAAACGCAGGACUUGCUCUACGCACGUACCGACAUCGGGGGCGCCUACCGCUGGGAUGUUGCCAAGGGCAAAUGGACGGCCCUUACCGACUUUAUUAGCUCUGCUGAUAGCGGGCUGUUAGGUACUGAGACUAUCGGCCUUGACCCAACAAACUCGAGCUGGCUAUACCUCGCACAAGGACGUAACCUGGGCGAUCAGAGUUCUGCAUUCUUCGUUUCGCAAGACCAGGGCAAUACUUUCGAAAUCUACAAGGCCCCCUUUGACUUGGGAUCCAAUGAAAUGGGUCGUAACAAUGGCGAGCGUCUGGCCGUCGACCCCUUCAACCCAGACGAGCUCUGGAUGGGCACCCGUACCGCGGGACUGUGGAAGAGCAGUGACCGGGCCAAGACGUGGACCAACGUUACCUCCUUUCCCGAUGCCUUCGCAAACGGCAUCGGCAUUGUUUCCGUUAUUUUCGACCAACAACACAAAGGCACUCUAUAUGCAAGCGCCUGCGCCCCAGGUGGCAUGUAUGAGUCCCACGACGGCGGCAAGUCCUGGGCACCGAUCCCCGGCCAGCCGAUGACCUGGAGUGCGGCUACUGCUAGCGCGUUCCCCGGCCACUCCCCGGCUAGUACUGGUCCGCAGGCUAUGAAGGUCGACCUCGCCUCGAAUGGUAUCCUCUAUGUUACUUAUGGCGAUUUCCCAGGGCCGUGGGGCACCAGCUACGGCGAGGUAUGGCGGUACAAUACCUCAAGUCAUGUCUGGGCCGAAAUCACCCCCGGCCGCAACGGCAAUAGCUACCCUGCCCCUUAUAACAACCAAACUUUUCCAGCAGGAGGUUUCUGCGGCCUCAGCCUCGCUCGUGACGACCCGGAAACCCUCGUCGUCGUCACCCUUGACCGCGAUCCGGGCCCGGCCCUCGAUAGCAUCUACUUGUCGCGCGACGGCGGCAAUACCUGGAAAGACGUCGCGCAGUUGUCAACGCCGGCUGGGUCUGGCGGAUACUGGGGCCAUCCGAUCAGCCAGGCAGCUCUGAAGGACGGUACCCCAGUCCCGUGGCUAGGCUUCAACUGGGGCCCAGAAUGGGGCGGCUAUGGCGCACCGAGCCCAGUGAAAGGCCUGACUAAGAUGGGCUGGUGGAUGAGCGCUGUGUUGCUCGACCCGUUUAACUCUGACAGAUUAAUGUACGGCACAGGGGCGACGAUCUGGGUGACAGAUACCCUAUCGCGCGUCGAUGAGAAUUGCGCGCCAGAGUGGUAUGUCCAGACGCAGGGGAUCGAGGAGACCGUCAUCCUAGCGCUCACUAGCCCAACGGGAGGGCCGGGACACGUACUCAGCGGGCUGGGGGACAUCAAUGGAUUCCGGCAUGACGAUUUGAACCAAAUACCAAACAUGUUCGCGGAGCCUGUGUUCAGCAACCUCGACAGCAUCGACUUUGCAGGUCUGGCGCCAAACGUGGUGGUACGGACGGGGUCUUGUGGGCAUACCUAUCCUGGUAGGUGCGGGAGUGCAGCGUACAGCAAGGACUUUGGAGACACGUGGGAAAUGUUUGCUACGUGUGCACCAGAGGUAAAUUCUACUACUUGGAGCCCGGGGUCUAUUACUGUGGAUGCUUCAGGCGAACACGUUGUCUGGUCAACGUUACUGCACUACCAGGAGCCUACUGGACCGUGGACCACUUCCGAUUUUGGAAAGACCUGGACAGCGCCCCAGGGGCUAGCAGUGCAGACGACUAACAUCGCAGCCGACCGCGUCGCACCUGGGACGUUUUACGCUUACGAGUCCGGGGUGUUCUACGUGUCGAGGAAUGGCGGAGUUAACUACUCUUCUGCUCUGGCCCAAAAUAUCGGGCUGCCAGCUGGGGUAGGGGCACUGCCGGUUGUCAACCCUUUUGUCGCCGGGGAGUUGUGGGUUGGAGUGAGUGGUGUUGGGGUCUUCCACAGUCAAAACUUUGGAAAAUCUUGGACUGCGUUCAAGGGAAAUGGGAACGGGUUGAACCCGUCUCUACUUGCGGCAGGGAAGGGAGCGGCUGGAAAAUCUAGCGUAUCGCUGUUUUUGUGGGGUACAGCUGGGCAGGCACCGUUAGACGUGCAGGGCGUGUAUCGGAGUGACGAUAAUGGGGUGUCGUGGGUACGUGUCAACGACGACAAGCAUCAGUAUGGUGGGAUUAUUACCAUUGCAGCGGAUCCGAGAGUGUAUGGGCGGGUGUACAUGGGGACAGGCGGGAGGGGCCUUUUACCCAUCUAA